AUGGUCACCGGAUUCCGCCGCACGCUCUCGCUGCCGCUGGCCAAAUCCGCCUCCGUCCCGGCCCUCCGACGCUUCCGCGGCGAGAAGCGGCAGAGCCUGCGCUCCACUAGCCUGCCCGGCCGUUCCCACCCCACUGUCUCCCACCUCCUCGACCAGAUCCGAUCCGCCCCCGGAGAUUCCUCCUCCUCCGGGGUGGACGCGAUCGACCGCCUACUUGGUGCGGUGGACGACCUCCUCCGCCUUCCCCAGGCCCGCGAGGCCCUCUGCCGCCGCCCUGCCUGGGCGGAUCGUCUCCUCGACGCCUUCCUCCGCCUGGCCGACGCCCACGGAUCCUUCCGUUCCGCCGUCCUCUGCCUCUCCGAUCGCCGCGCGGAGGCCCAGGCAGCGAUCCGGCGAGCAGAUCCUGCACGGCUCGCCUCCGCCGCCCGGUCGCUCCGCCGGACGGAGAAGGAGGUGUCUCAGGUGGCCGCGGCCAUCAAGGAUCUGGCGAGAUCCGCGCCGCUUUCUCCAGGUCAGUGGGCGGACGCAGCGGAGGCCGAGAUCGCGGGGGUCCUGACGGAUGCGGUGGCGGCGACCGCGUCGGCGUCGGUGGGGGUGUUUAUGGCGAUCGCCGCCGCGGCUGCGGCGGAGUCCGCGUCGCUGUCGAAGGAUUCCUGGAAGGUUUGGCCGACGAAGAAGGCAGCGAAGGCGAAGGAGACGGCGCCAUCGGCUGCGGCGGAGGGAUUGGUAGAGGGAAGCGGCAGGGUGUUCAGGAGUUUGGUUAACAUCAGAGUCGCCCUCCUCAACACAGUCACUCCCUCAUUGUAG